CUUGAACAGUUUGUUCUCGGAGUUUUCGCUGGUCAGAGGCGACUUUUUGUCCCUCCGCGCGCGCAGUGAGCAACCGCACUGAAGAAGGCAGCAAAAGAGAGAAAACGGAGGUGUAGUGAGCGGAAAUCAAAUAAAAAUAUAGGAAAAAGUGUGAUUUCGAAGCGGGAUUUUACGGAUUUGGUAGACCGAAGGUGGUAGGAUUUAGUGAAGACCGAAAGUGAAAAGUGGAAAAUUUGUCUUCAUCGUGAUAGCGAGACGAAAAUCCGACCGGAUGUGCCUGGAAAAAGUGAUUUUUUGCGUACUAUUUUGACACGGAUUGCCUAGAGAGAGUGUAGAGUGCUACUACAAGGCAGUCGAAUAUCAGCAGACAAAACACUACCACAGUGAUAGAGGGUAGGGUGUUGGUACGUUAGGCUGGCUGGUUGGCCUGUUAGUGCCCGCGAUGACGACGGUUAGCUGUAUUUAGAAGCAUCGUUGCGCUGGUGUGCACGUCGAGCACACCACUCUGAACGGCAUGAUCCCAUAUAGAACACUGGUCGGGAAACCGUACUCAGCGAGCUGUAGCUGUAAAUGCGCGACAUAUUAGUGCGCGCGGGUAUAUUAUUGUAUCCGCCGUCGUUUUGGUUCUCUCUCGUACGGGGUAAUGAGAUGUGUUUAUAUAAGUACACAGAAACGCAAAAAUAAAUUCAUUGAAAUUGAAAAUAAUUCUAAAGUGAGGAGACAGUUUCCAACAUGAAUUAUCAUCGAGAAAUUCCUUCGAUUCGCUCGGCAAAAGUGCGACGACGACGACACUCGUGCGAGGAAAAUAAAACAAGCAAUUAAUUUCGAGAGAAGGAAAAACUACUGCUAGGUAGCUCUAGCGAAGGCAAGAAAUUAGUGUAAAUAUCAGCGACGUGAUUAAAAAUAAAAUGCCCAGAUUAAUUGCCGUCGACGUCGUUCUCAACGUCGUCGUCGGCAUUUGGAUGCUGUCUCUGGCGACGACCACGGUGGUUCAUGCGUCGUCGUCGAGCGAUGGCCAGUUGACGGAUUGGGACCAGGAUGCUACCGGGAUGGUCGCCAGUGGCGACUGUCCCCGGCUCUGUUCGUGCCUUGGAAAUGUCAUCGACUGUUCGGAGAAAAGCUUGCAAACGCUGUUCCCCAUUCCCCUGUGGGUGGAAAAUCUUGAGCUAUCGACGAAUCGGCUUGGCUACGACGCAGUGCAAGCACAGGUGGUCAACCUUAGCAAAUUACAAGUUCUCAAUCUCAAUCACAACAACCUGGGCCGGAUACCGACGUUUUGGGGUCUGAACAGCCUGCUCCGGUUACAGCUGGCUAACAAUGGGAUUGCGGCGAUCGAAGUCGAAGCGCUGACGAAGUUGACGGGUCUUAAGUUUUUGGACCUGUCGCGGAAUGACAUCAAGGACAUCCACUAUGGAUCAUUUCCGGCCAAGAACAGUUUGCAGUAUUUGAAUUUGAACUUCAACAGGCUGUCGACGCUGGGGAAAGGCACCUUUCAGCGGCUGAAGUCGCUGAAGAGAUUGGAAAUCAACAGCAACGCACUGGAAGAGGUGCAGAGUUUAACCUUCCAGAAUUUGAACCAACUGAAAAGCCUCAAAAUGAACAACAAUCGUAUCCCCAGCCUGAUGGAUGGCGUGUUUCACGGGUUGACGACGAUCCAGACACUUGAGUUGAACAACAACAGCAUCACCAGUAUCCGCAAGGGUGGACUAUUCAACCUGACGAGCCUUACGAAUUUGGCCUUAUCGAGAAAUGCCAUCGUCGAGAUCGAACAGGAUGGGUGGGAAUUCGCGCCGCGUUUGCUCACAUUGGACCUUUCCUACAAUCGACUGGAAUCGGUGGACAAGUAUACGUUCGAGGAACUCUCGCAGUUGAAGACGCUCAAUUUGGAAGGAAAUCAAAUAUCGGCCAUCGGCGAGGGAACGUUCAACAAUACGAAGAGCUUGGAGGUGCUGUAUCUGGGAUUGAACAAAAUUUCCUGGACCAUCGAAGACAUGAAGGGACCCUUCUAUGGGUUGCCGAAGCUGGAGAAGCUGUAUCUGAACUCGAAUGAAAUCAAAUCCGUCAGCCGGAAUGCCUUCAUCGGGCUCAAGUCGUUGAUGUUGUUGGAGCUGAGUCAGAACAACAUUUCGUUCAUUCAGAACAAUGCCUUCAAGGAUACGGUGCGGUUGAAGAAUCUGAUAAUGAAUUCAACCAAUCUGCUGUGCGAUUGUAAUCUGGUUUGGUUCUACCACUGGAUCAAAGAGCGAAAGGAUGUAUUUCAGCUGGAUGCGGAGUGCAGCUAUCCAAUUUGGUUACGGGGGCAGCUGAUUCGGGAGCUGAGUGCUUCCAACUUUUCGUGUUACGACUCGCCCAAACCGCACCUCAUUGACGAACCGAAAACGCAACUCGGAAUCCGCGGAACCAAUGUCACCCUGGUGUGCACGGCAACCUCGACGGCACCGGACGUCAUGACCUUCAAGUGGAAGCACGACAAUCAAGAACUGCCCGAUUCGGAUUCCGUCGUAACCCAGCUGAACAACGACAACGGUACCGUUGGGUCCACACAACUCACCAUUCCCUACAUCCAAAACGGAGCGGCUGGCAAGUACCAAUGCAUCAUAACCAACACCUACGGGGUAGUCUACUCGCAGAAGAUCAAAGUCACCGUCGGAACGUAUCCGCUCUUCAAAAAGGCUCCCAGCAACAUUAGCGUACAAGUGGGCAAAUCGGCCCGUUUGGACUGCGCAGCUGCGGGGGAUCCGAAGCCGCAGAUCGCUUGGGAAAAGGACGGUGGCAGCGAUUUCCCAGCCGCCAAGGAGCGACGGAUGCACGUCAAACCCGAUGAAGAUGCGUUCUUCAUCAUCAAUGCACAGAUAGUUGAUAUGGGAGUGUACACCUGUACGGCGGAGAAUGCGGCCGGUGUGAUCCGGGCUAGCGCUUCGGUACUGGUGCUUGAGUCGCCGACACUGGUGAAACCGUUGGAGUCGAAAAGUGCCGAGUUUGGGACGUCCAUUGUGCUGGAUUGUUCGGCAUCGGGAUAUCCGAAACCUUCUAUCCAGUGGUUCAAGGAUGGAGAGCUGCUCGCGAUGACCGAGAGGCAUUUCGUGAUAGCGGAAGGCCAAUUGAUGAUCAUCGUCAAGACGGAUUUCAACGAUGCCGGGGAGUACGAGUGUCAGGUGGAGAAUGAGAUUGGUAGCGAGAGAGGUUCGAUGAAGCUUUCGGUUAUUGAAGCACCGGAGCUGGUUCACGAUGAUAUUCCCAGUACGAAUACGGAGACAGUCGUCACCGGUCAUGUUCUGAAGGAUAGGGACAUUGUGGCUAUUAUUCUGAUUACGAUCAUUUGCUGCUGUAUACUGACGUCUCUGAUCUGGAUGGUAGUGAUGUACCGGAUUCGGAAGCGGAACGAUGACUUCGGGGCGUAUCCGGACAAUUUGCAAGCCAAUCAGCAGAAUCUGAUCGUUCGCAGUGGUAUCGGAUCGGCUCCAGCUGGUUACUUUGAGUUCCUUAUACCGAUGGUUCAGAAUGAGGCAACGACGAACGUAGACGAUGAAGAGCAGAACCCCUCGACAAACCGUUGCUAUUAUACGGUGGUUCCCAAGGUUCCCCCGAAAACCCGUCGCAACGGUGCUGAAUCCGACGACAUGGACGAUGAUCUCUCUUCCAAAGAUUCAGGGACUGGUGGGGAUUGUGGCUCCGCUACCGGAUCCACCAACGCACACCGCGGCGGCAGUCACGAUGAUCUCAAGUGUCUCUUCCAGAGCCUAAAUCGUAAAACAGCGGAGUUGGUAGGUGCCUACCCUUACGACGAACACGAUCCGGAUGCGGAUCCUCGAAUAGAACCUCCGCCACCGAUUCCACCGGUCAACGCAACCACGGCCAUUUUGGUCAACACGGAUCCGACCAAGAUCGUGUUCAGCGAUGAUCUCCCGCCACCGAUCAUUUCCCGGAUGGCCAAUUCGCAGACAUUUCCCACGUUUGUGCAUCCGUCCUCGGCGUCUUCGAAUCCAUCCUCGUCUCUGGUGGCUUCCUCGAUGGAAGCGACCGUAUGUGGUGGUGGUGGUGGUGGUCAGCAGCAGGCCGAGCCACAGCAGCAACCUAGUCAGAUACAGGUCAACAAGCUGUACCAGUUGUUGAUUGAGAAUCCAGCGUUGUUGGACAAACCGGCGGCGGUGAUCGGUCAGAGGCGGAGCCUUUCGGUGGAUGCAGGAGGGGUCCGUGGGGAGUUGGGUCAUCCAGGGGGCGAUGGGACCGAAGCGGUCAGCAGUGGGAUUGGAACGAGCAGUAGUAGUACGCCAAAUAGGGUGGAAUUGGCUGAUGAAAGUAGCAGAGCAAUGAUGGACGCAACAGGAACGGUAGCAGCAGCAAAGCUGAGCAUAAUGGAAGCGAUUCUUCCCGGAAAUAGUGGCCGUGUGCGAUUUGUCGUGUUAGUUCGGGAAUUUUAGCGGUCGCGUUUGUUGUGUGUGUGUGUGUGCGUGUCGUGAGUUUGAUUUUUAGCUCUUGCGUGUGACCUUUAGGGUUAUAAAAACAGUCGACAUAGAAGUCCUGCAUUGUUGCAACAAACGUAGUGUAUUGUAUUGUUGUUUGCAGUUAGCGAAUAGGAAAAAUAAGAUGGCUACUUUCUUGUGGAAAGUAACCGAGAAGCAAAAUGACAUUUUUCAUACAAUAGAUAUUGUUUUCCGUAGAAAAAGGAUAGGACGACUUUUUAGCGAUAUUAUUGUGUAGUUAUUCGGAAAAUUUAACCGACCAACCGGUGAUUAUUAAUCGAUAAUCGAUUGACAAGUGGAGUGAAUUGUGUCUUAAUUUUAAUGUUUCGGAAACGCAAAAGUAUAUUUGUAGCAUUUGAAGCCGAAAGAAAAACUAUUUAAAAAUUAUACAACUUUACGCAAAAUUUGCAAACCUACGCUGAUAGCCUUACGGAAAAGGACUGAGACAUGAUUUCGCAUGUGCCUAUCUAUAUUGCAAAGGUAGAACGGACUCGGUGUGUGAUUCCUGCUUUGCGCCCAAAUAUACUUUUUCAAGCUUAGCAAACGAAUGCAUCAAAUACAAAGCAAUUCUAAAGAUUAAUCCCCCCGCCACUAAAAUUGACAUGCUCUUCACUAAACCCUUAGAACGUAAGCGAAUGCGAAUUGACACUGUGAUUUUGUUUUCUUGUUUUUAGUUAGCGAUGUAGCCGUAAGCUUGGUUAAUUUUAGCCUUGUCCCGUGUGACGAAAAUUUAUUGUUAUUAUCAUUUGCAGACAGAAUGUCAGAAAAGCAGUAUGAUAACCAUUAAAAAAAAACGAAACGGUGACGAGUACGACACAAACAAAAAUCUGCGGAAUUCGGCUGCUAUUUGCCAGCAAUCGAAUUACCAGACAAUGAGUAAUACCAGUAAUUAAGUGCCCCAUGAAUAAAAAAAAAGAUAAAUUAACUCGCAUCUUAUCCCCAGAGGCUUGGCUCAAACCAAAGAGAUUUCCCUGCUUAAAAUAAUUUAUCAUAAAUUCUACUCUGAGUCACGUACUAAGGUAAAAUUGAAUCAUGAGGCUUUCGCUCUUGUAACCUUUCACCCAUUUUUGUGUCAUCGUUGGACGUCAUCGUUUCAACUAGCUUAAGUUGUUUUCUAAAGAAACGGUUCCUUAUUCAGAGGGAGAUAAUGACAAGUUGAUAUCCAGAAGGAUUGUUUAGAAGCUAUACAUACAAGAAGCAAGUGCCGUAAUAUAUGUUAAGGAUUGGCUGGCUGAUUCAAAGUCUUUGCCUUCUAUUCACACAGUUAAAAAUCACACAUAUGCCUUUUUGGACUUCAGCAUCACUUAAACAAAAACAAAACAAUCAGUAUUCAUAGUUUACUUAAAAAAUAAACGCCCAUAUUCAAACAAGCAAACAGGAUUAGCAGAGACUGACUGUCUCAUCUCAAACCACAGCAGUACAACAGUAAGCAGUGUUUUUGUUUUAAAAAUUUCUCUGUAUCCAAAGUUUUCUAUUAUUUAUUCUGUAAUUUAUUUCACUUAGCACAUAGCAACAAUCACAAAACCCAAACAGUAUAUGGAAAUACCACAGAACAAUAACUUACUCUUCGAAUCAAAACUAACUAACCACAACUGUUCAUUUGUGCACCCCUGUCCUCCUUUUACUAUUAAAAUAUCUACGAAUAACAUUUAACAUGGUUAAAACAGGACAAUUUACAACCGCAUGUCUGAGCGACACGUGUUUAUUCGAGGAAACAAAGUUUACAAAUCUUACUAACUACAAAUGCAAAAAAUGUAAAACAAUCCUGGUCAAGGAGAAAACCUUAAUGGAACUGUAAAUAUAUUAAGGAUAUUUGUACAAACCGGUUACUGUGUAAUAAAAAUUAAAGCAAAAUACAUACGAAGAAACAAAGAAUUGAUACAAACUAUACUUACAAUGUCCCGUCGUUUUGGACCUGGAGCAUAUUGUCAGUCUAAUGAAAUUAAUAAUAUUAAUAAAAAAUAUAAUUAUUUAAAAAUUAAA